GGAGGAAGUUAUAAAGAGGGUAGGAGGGGGCCAGCGGGAGGGCCAUGCAGUCCAAGCGGGAUUGUGAGCUGUGGUGUGAGAGGGUGAAUCCAGAGAACAAGGCGGCGCUGGAGGCGUGGGUCAGGGAGACAGGCAUCCGCCUGGUGCAGGUGAACGGGCAGAGGAAGUAUGGCGGGCCACCCCCAGGCUGGGUGGGCAGCCCGCCGCCAGCUGGGUCAGAGGUAUUCAUCGGGCGGCUGCCUCAGGAUGUGUACGAGCACCAGCUUAUCCCGCUGUUCCAGCGCGUGGGUCGCCUCUACGAGUUCCGCCUGAUGAUGACCUUCAGCGGCCUGAACCGCGGCUUCGCCUAUGCCCGCUAUAGCUCGCGGCGCGGCGCGCAGGCCGCCAUCGCCACGCUGCACAACCAUCCGCUGCGGCCGUCCUGCCCGCUGCUCGUGUGCCGCAGCACCGAGAAGUGUGAGCUGAGCGUUGACGGCCUGCCGCUGAAUCUGACCCGCAGCGCGCUGCUGCUCGCGCUGCAGCCGCUGGGUCCCGGCCUGCAGGAGGCGCGGCUGCUGCCCAGCCCCGGACCGGCGCCUGGGCAGAUCGCUCUGCUCAAAUUCAGCUCUCACCGGGCCGCUGCCAUGGCCAAAAAGGCCCUGGUGGAAGGGCAGUCACACCUCUGUGGAGAGCAGGUGGCUGUGGAGUGGCUCAAGCCAGACCUGAAGCAGCGACUCCGCCAGCAGCUUGUGGGUCCCUCCUUGCGGCCCCCACAACCAGAGGGCAGCCAGUUGGCCUUGGCAAGGGACAAGUUAGGGUCCCAAGGGGCUCGGGCUACCCUGCAGUUGCUGUGCCAACGAAUGAAGCUGGGCAGCCCUGUGUUCCUCACUAAGUGUUUGGGCAUAGGACCUGCUGGCUGGCACCGCUUCUGGUAUCAGGUGGUGAUUCCUGGGCAUCCGGUGCCUUUCAGUGGCCUCAUCUGGGUUGUGCUGACCCUAGAUGGCCAGGAUGGGCAUGAGGUGGCCAAGGAUGCUGUGUCUGUUCGGCUGCUGCAGGCACUCAGUGAGUCUGGGGCCAGCCUCCUGUGGUCUGCUGGGGCUGAGGCAGGUACCAUGGUUAAACAGUGACUCCAUUCUCUCUCCACAGGCAGCCUGAAUGGGUAGGCAGAGCCUGUGUCAGGCCCCAGCCCAGCAGGCCUGGGUGGCCACUAUCUGACUCCCAAAGGUAGGGAGAGGCAUGGGCCCAGGCCAUCAGCCUCCCUGCUGGGACAGGGACCUACGGCACCUGGGGCAGCUUAGGUUUGGCUUAAGUUGUGGUGAGGGGCCUUGCUCUCCCCCUCCCAGCCCAGGGUCCAAGCUACCCUGUGGUCUUCCAUGGCCAUUCCUUGUCCCACACCCACCCGAUCAUACCUUCCCCCCUCUGCCAUAGCUUAGCAUGAAUCUUCUUUAUUGUCCUGAUUUGUCUUCUUUGUUGGUUUUUAUUUGCGGGGAGGGGCAGCUGAGCCACAGGGGUCAGAAAUUCUGCCCUUUGGCUCCACCACAUGGCAUUCGGGUUUUGGUUUCUUUCUAUGCUGGUUGUAUUUAUAUUAAACCCCUGGUUAGUAUAUA